AUGUCUUCCUCAAGUGCAGCUUGCCAAAGCUUCCGCAACGGUUCGAGAUCGAAGACCACCACAGAUCAUGCGUCUAACACUUCCGCAAUCGCAAGCCAGGAAGCCGGCCAAUAUUCUCGACCUCCGCCAACCCGAUUCGAUGCCUAUGGAGUCCCGCAAUACUACAUCGAAACCAUCCUCGAAUCCAAGAAGUUGGACGACGAAGAGGUCCAAUACCUCAUCCUCUGGGAAGGCUAUCCCUUGGAAGAAGCGACUUGGGAGACUCGAUCGACGCUGGGUGAAGAUGCCCAGGAGGCAAUCAAGGACUUCCAGAGGAGGGAGCGGGAGAAGAGGAUGGCAGAGAGGCGGAAGGCUGGAGGGUGA